CGCGCUGCUCUUUUGCUCCAGUCUCGUCAAAAUAACUACCAGUGAUCCUUCGUGUAAGAUGAGCUAAUAACUGCCAUAAAAUGCACACUUUGGGCCUAUUGUAUCUGAGCCUUUUGGGCCUGGUUGAGGGCUAUGGCCAUCAGCCGCUGCUGCGAAAUAUCAUAAAAGUGCGGGCCAGUGGCUUUAUGCCCUACGAAUCGGAUUUACUGCUGCCCUUGAAUAUUCUACGGCAAUUGCAGGAUCGAUCAUCGCGCUAUAUUGGCCAGCGACCCAAGCCCUUGAUUAGGCCAAAGGUCAAGCAGCAAAUCAGAUUGGAGAGAGCCCAUCCACUGAGGGAGGCCAAAGGCGUUCAGCUAUAUAAUCUCAUCGAUGACGAUGGCGAAUUACUGCUCAAUCUGAAGAUUCAUAAUGAUCAAAAGGGGAGUCCCACGGGCAACUAUCAUGGCAACUUGCCGGAGGAGAAGUACCAGAGUAAAUUCAAGGACUACGAUUCACCAUGGCUACCCUCGAAAUGGAGACCCACCAGCGAAUUUCCGCUGGGCGUGAUCUCCUCAUCGCCACGCCCACUGCCCCUGCAUCAAUAUGUGGGCCAAAAUAAUCGCUUCGACCAAAAUACGGCUAAAAAGAGGCGGCAGGACUUUUGGCCAUAUAAGUAAAAAAAAUUCAAAACCGUAUCAGACGGGAGCUGAUUCCAAAAAAGAGAGAUAUAAUGUUAACCUUAAAUUAUUUAUUUUUUUUUUAUUAAAACAACACACCACCAAGCAAGACGUACAUAGAGAAAAAUGUUAUUUAUGGACCUAAUAUUGGUCAUAGUAAUAUUCUGAAUUUAUAACACAGGCUAAAGACACAUUAAAGUACAUUUUAAAAUAUUUAAAUGCUAAAUUAAGAUAGCAAAACAUUUAUAAAAAGACAAUUUCUCAUUAAUCAUUGCAAAAUAUUAUACGAAAAACAAAAUACUACCACUUCUAACAUUUAAAUGGCUAUAAUAAGACUUGAAAAGUAAUAAUUAAAUAAUUUAAGCAAUAACGUGUUUAAAACCAGAUCCUAUUUUUCUCUGUGUACAAAAUAAAACUUAAGCCACACCGUUCAAAAAAAAAUCCAUAAGAUAUAAAAAACAACACAAAAUAAUCCAUAAGGCACUACACAACUUUACACGAGAAUAAUCCCUAUGAUUCAAAACACAUUUCUAA